AACUGGCUUGGAAGCGCUGGACUUGCGAGGCGUGCGGUUGUGCGGCCACCAGAGGCAUCCGCGGACAUGGCUCCUAAUGUGCCAGCGGCCGAAUCGGCCGGAGAGAGCCCUAAAGGCAUUCGGGCCGUGCUGCUGGGGCCGCCCGGGGCUGGCAAGGGUACUCAGGCACCAAAAUUGGCCAAAAACUUCUGUGUCUGCCAUCUGGCUACUGGGGACAUGCUGAGGGCCAUGGUGGCUUCUGGCUCAGAGCUGGGGAAAAAGCUGAAGGCAACAAUGGAUGCUGGGAAGCUGGUUAGUGAUGAAAUGGUGGUGGAGCUCAUCGAGAAGAAUUUGGAGACCCCUCCGUGCAAGAAUGGUUUUCUUCUAGAUGGCUUCCCUCGGACUGUGAGGCAGGCAGAAAUGCUGGAUGACCUCAUGGAGAAGAGGAAAGAGAAGCUUAAUUCUGUGAUUGAAUUCAGCAUCCCAGACUCUAUGCUUGUCCGGAGAAUCACGGGAAGGUUGAUUCACCCCACGAGUGGCCGCUCCUAUCAUGAAGAGUUCAACCCCCCAAAGGAGCCCAUGAAAGAUGACAUUACUGGGGAACCUUUGAUCCGCCGAUCAGAUGAUAACGAGAAGGCCUUGAAGAUCCGCCUGGAUGCGUACCACACUCAGACCACCCCACUGGUAGAAUACUACAGAAAACAGGGGAUCCACUCUGCCAUCGAUGCAACCCAGACCCCUGACGUUGUGUUUGCGAGCAUCCUAGCAGCCUUCUCCAAAGCCACAUCCUAGUAACAGAAGGCCAGGCAAGACUGCACCACUGCUCAUCACCCUGCGGCGAGAUCCCUGCUCUUAGGUGCUGGGCAGAGGGAGGGGUGGUUAGGGUAAGGUUGGAAAGGGAGGGUAUUGAAGGGCUCAAGAGGAGUAUUUGGAAGAGCAACAGUGUUGUAGUGAGGUGGUUUCUUUUUCACAUAGGUGGGAGUUUUAAAAAUUACAUGUAAAGGGGAACUUAACUUUUUAAAUAUAGCUGUGAUUGGAGGAUGUGGUAGAAAUAAGGAGAUACAGUAUUAUUCCUAAGGAAUCAGUUUCUCUGAUGCUCUGGACUGGCAACAUUUUUAAAAGCCAGUGCCCUAAGAUCUCAGCUUUUAUCUCAUAAUCUCAUGGUUUGCCAGCCCAAGGUUGCAGGAAACCGAACUGUUUUCCUGUCUGUCCUAUAGGUUGGAACAGGGAGAGUUUGACAUCUGACCCUGAUUCCCCAUACCAUGAGAUAAAAAAAUCGUCUCCACAUUUGAGAUACUUAUGGCUUGUAUUCUCAGGGAGGGCUAUUCAGCAAAUCAAGUUUAUAAGAGUCAUGGGGAGGGGAGGACAGGCUGGGCUCAUUCUCUUCCCCUGACUUGCUACUGAUUUACCAGUAGACCUUUUCUCAUGGGAAGCUCUCAGCAGACACCCAGUACUCGCCAUAAUCCUAUGCUCUUGCCUUCUUCCAUCCACGGUGUGUGAAGGGACCAUUUUUAAUAAAUAAGCAAAUGUCUUAAGCAAUAUCCAAAGAUUGUCCUUUCCAUCCUCAAAAUCUGUGACUGAGAUUACGCGACAGCACUGUGAUGUCCUAUUUUCAAUGAGGUGCCUUUCUUAACUGACCAAAUGCUGCCUUGUUUGGCCCCUAAAUCAAUAAAGUAUGUUAAAAGAUUGUA